UAUACAUAUAUUUAUUAUAUUGCAAAUUCUUUCCCUUCAAAACCAACAGAUUGGAUCCCCAGAGACAGGACAAUGUGAGUGCCAGGACAGAAAAGGUACUGGAGGAGGGAGAGGAAUCUGAACUCCAUUUAGAAAAGGUCAAUAACACGACCUUCAACCCACUCCCCUGAGGGUAGGGGCGGGGAGAGAAAUAAUUGGGAAUGAGCAAACUCGGAGACCCUUUCUGCUCCUAGAAGGGAAGGGUCAAGUCUGCAGAGAUCUCACGAUGCCCUUCGCUGAACUAGUUCACCAUCUAAAGUCAGAACUUGUAGCUACUGGUCUUCUCCUGAUCUGACUGAAAGGCUUUGGAAAUCCCUUCAAAAGAGGGAGAGGAACAGGCCAUCAAAAAGAGACAGGUGGAAACAAUCAGGAAUUGCCAGUGAUAAAGAGAAAAAGCAAAAACCUGAAGGGCAGAGGACAGAAAGGGGUAGAGCAGGAAGAAGAGACUGGAUUCAACACAGAGCACGGAACCUGCUCCUUCUCCUGGUGAGGAUGAGCUGAAACUGGGAAGGACAAGAAGACUUUGAGCAGCCUGAGACACCAAGAGGCCACAGAAUCACCUCACGGGCAUGCACAGCUCAGACAUGAUCUGCUUUGUUUUAGGGUGUUCCUUAUGGUUCCCCCAAGUGAGAGGUGAGGAAGGCUGCCUCAACACUGAAUUCUGUGCAGGCACAGAGUGGGACCGUUUGUGGUAUAUCUGGUUGGUGGUGGUGAUUGGUGGGCUCCUGCUCCUGUGUGGUCUGGUUUCUGUCUGCGUGAGGUGCUGCUUUCAGUGCCAUCAGGCAGGGGACGAGUCGGGGCCUCAGCCCUACGAGGUCACCGUCAUCGCUUUCGACCACGACAGCACCCUCCAGAGCACCAUCACCUCUCUCCACUCCGUGUUUGGGCCUGCUGCCAGGAGGAUAUUAGCAGUGGCACACUCCCACAACGCUGCCCAGGGAACGCCGCCCCUCUCGGCGUCGGACACCCCGCCGGUGUACGAAGAAGCCCUGCACAUGAGCAGGUUCACGGUGGCCAGGGCGGGCCAGAAGGUGCCAGACCUGGAUCCCGUGCCGGAGGAAAAGCUUCAGGCACCUGCUGAGGGCAAGGAUGCCCAGCCAGCCCUCCCAGGACAUUAGUGCCUGGUUUUAAUUAACGGCAAAUAAUACAGAGCAGUUAAAGGCAGAGACUAAAUCAUGUGGGCAGGGUUGGGAAUCUCAGACUGACUUCCUUAGUUUAAUGGAAAAUGGGGUGGAAAUUAGCUAAAAUUCAAAAUAUUUUCAGAUCUAGCGUAGUUUGAUGCCUCUUUCUGACACCUCCUUGAGAUGGUUGGCCAUUGGCAUUCUCCAAGUCCAUUUAUUACAGACACACACCACCAGUAGCAGAGUUGGCACAAAUAAGCUGGCAGCAGGAUCAAAGUGCUGAGCCAUCUUGCAGGGUGAUGGCAGAUGCAGUCUCAUUCCUCCUGCCUCCAGCCUGGGUUUUCCUCAGGAGGGCAGAGAGGAUUUCAAAACAGACAAAAACUAAACCAAACAAACAAAACCCAAACCAAACAAAAAAAAAAGACCUGUGAGAAGGUCUAUUAAGGCCCAAAAUUUAACACCAAACUUCUGGAAAGUGCCAAACAUCUCUAAUCAUUUUUAAAACAAACGAUCUGAGUGUAAACAAAGGAGAGGAUAUAUACAGAAUGUGCCCUAAAUGUCCUCCAGGAUACACAGAAUGAAGACAGUCUGGUUCUGAAUAGGAUAUAUAGCAAUUCUGGAAUAGUAGUCUCAAGCUCUUAUAUUUGAAUUAAAAAAUAUUAUAUUAGGUGCCAACAAGGGGAGGAGCAGGAACACUGCCCGUUAAAUAAAGCUCAAUCAUCUUUU